AUGGCUUCUCGGGCCAUUACAAAAGGUCUUUUGGGGUUCCGACACUGUCGGGGUGUCACAGUUAAAUACUCCUGUGGAGGACACCAUUUUAGCACGGCUGCGUUCGUUAAGACGGAUCAACCACAAACUAGCGAUGUUACAGAGAAAAUCCUAAACCUGCCUCUUGAAAAGCCUGACUUCUUUCGUGUGUCGGAGCUGUUCUCGUUGAAGGAUUUAUUCGACGCCAGAGUGCAUCUUGGUCACAAAAAAGGCUGCAGGCACAGGCUCAUGGAGCCUUACCUCUACGGCUGCCGUCUGGAACACGACAUCAUCGACCUGGACCAGACUGUGGAACACCUUCAGCAGGCCCUGAACUUCACCGCCCACGUCGCCUACCGCGGCGGCGUCAUACUCUUCGUCAGCCGGCGGCGUCAGUUCUGCCACCUGGUGGAAACCACGGCGAGGGACUGCGGCGAGUACGCGCACACGCGCUACUGGCAGGGCGGCCUCCUCACCAACGGCAACAUCCAGUACGGCGCCGGGGUCCGCCUGCCCGACCUCAUCGUCUUCUUCUCCACCCUCAACAACGUGUUCCAGCAGCACGUGGGGAUCCGCGACGCGGCCAAGAUGAACAUUCCCACGGUGGGCGUGGUGGACUCGAACUGCAACCCCAGCCUGGUGACCUACCCGGUCCCGGGGAACGACGACACCCCGGCGUCCAUGGAGAUGUACUGCCGCCUGUUCAAGAUGACCAUCAACCGGGCCAAGGACAAAAGGAAGCAGAUGGAGCUCCUGCAUGGCCUGGCAGCGUCCUCCUCGUCAAACUCAUGA